AUGAUGCAGUCCAAGAUUCGCUUCUUGGUCUUGGCCUUUGCUAAUGCUAAUUUCGCUAUUGCUGGUCCCUGCAAGCCCAGUCGUCCAACCACAGUGAGCAGUGUCUCCCUUGAGAUCUCUAUUACGACCGACGGUACUUCCGAAAGCUCGACCAAUGUUCUAAACAGCCAAACAACAAUUUAUAGUCUCUCAGCCGAAUCGUCUGUCGCGACUACUGAGACGGACGACACCACUGGUCUAUCGAGCAGCGGCACCAUUGUCGAUAGCUACUCUGCCACAAUAUCUGCUCUAACCAGCGACGUCCCAAGUUUAACUUUAACUGUCCCUCAAUCAUCAUCGACAACAACUGAAGAAGAAGUCAUCACAACCCUCGCCAACUCUCUCGCAGGGGGUGCUUUUGCUAGCCGUGAUCCCGACAGUCCAAGCGGCCUUAAAGACUUUGGUGCAACUGGAAACGCUGAGUUCCAUUCAGGAGGAUGUUACAAAGCAGACGGUAGUCCCGACGAUGGCUGCGCUUCUUUGACUGCUGGUGAAAGCCCGAAUGGCAAGCGAGGCUUUUUCAGUAGACUUGCAAGUAUCUACCAGACUAUCAGGGCUGCGCCCCGAAAGAAGUAUACAAUUCAGUUUGUGUACCUUGUCAACUCGGCCGGUUCCCAGGAUUGCGUCGUGACUGCAACAUUUGGCGACAGACAGUUCUAUUCUCUCCCUGCUACUAGCCCUGGAGGUACGAGAGUCAACUGGGCUAGAGUACUUGAGCAGGUUGCAACUGUGAAUGCGAACCCUACCUUUUCUAUAUCUUUGGAAUGCACUGGUUCUGGCUAUUCUUCCAUUUUGGUUGACUCAAUCUUUGUUUCGGAUAAAGUUACUCCUGAGACUAUUGGCAACUACCAUCUUGAGUUUGGUUCGUAUCCUGAAUUGGAGACAACUUCUUCAUGGAACCAGGAGCCGAGUCAAACAACGUCAACUGAGGGAUCAAGCAGCACCAGUACUGCUGAGGCCAUCUCUACAACCGGCACCAAGUCCACCGAAUCUGCACAGCACACAUCUCAAGCAGACAAAACAACAUCGGCAUCUAAACCCACUGCAACGUCGAAGUGCGCAGUAGAAUGCAAUCUCAUUCCUGGCUUUCAGAAUAAUAACAUGUGCGACCUUGUUGGCGUAUUCAUCAAGACCAAUGCUAUCUACGGAUUCCCCGGUGACGACAAUCCUGCGACCCAGUACCGCUCUAAAUCUAUAGCAGAGUGCGCUGAUUUCUGCAAGAGAGACAUGACUGGCUGCAAGUCAGUCGGGUUCCAGAAACUCUCCGGUCAAUGCUUCUUCUCCAACACGAUUGUUACUCAAGACGAUAUACGGGAUGGAAGUGACAGUAAGAUGGCUGAUUGGUACAAUCUUGAGGGAUGUUUCACUUGCAGUGUCAGCGGCUGCGACUCUGGCACGUCUGCACCUGAGAUCGCUUCCACCACUCAAGCUCCAGUAGUCUCUCACGCCACUACAACCGCUUUGCCCACGCAGUCUGUUUGCAAGCCUGAAUGUCAGAGAAUCCAAGACGUGUCCGAACAUGAGGAUUGGAAUUGCGGUCUAUAUGGUCAUGUCAGCGACGGUGUAUACACCCUGCCUGGUGAUGAAGAGCCCAGUGGAAGCAACCACCAUUUCGACAACGUGGCACAAUGCGCCGAGCUUGAAGUGCUUUUCUUGUUCAGGGUGUGGGCUUGA